UGUUCUUCAGUAUGCUAGUGUCGAUCGUAGGCGACGGAUGUACAUUGUCGCGCGCGUGUUCUUCUGAACUCUGCGAGUGCUCCGGAAAUAUUAAUAACGAACUACGAAGAUCAAAAUACAUUAGAAGAAAGAGAGAAAGAGAGACGAAUAAAAAAUGUCACUUCCGAAAUAAAUUAUCUUUAUUAAUCUUGUGAAGAAUAAAUUAUAGUAAUGUCUUACGUCAAUAAUCGAAAUUUAUAAAAAAAAGAGUGAAGUUUAUAGAAUGCAUAUACGAAAUGUUUACACAAAAGCGUUAAUCGCUAGGCCAAAGUGUAAUUUAAAUUGAUAAAAUAAUAUGUUAAAUUAUAAUAUAAUUUUUAUAAAAUUUUAGUUGUGUUUGAAAGUUAAAUUGUGAAGCAAGGUUUACCCAAGUCAGAGGAUGAAAUUACCUGUCUUUAGUAAAAGAAAACGAUUUGCUCAAGAGUGAAAAUGUUGAUAAAUUAGAGAGUAAAAAAUUCGUAGGGAUAGAAAUGGCUCUUGCGGGAGGAUUUCCUAACGUAUCGCGAGAUCGAUGCGAGAUGAAUUGUACUCUUCCCAUGUCGUUUAGUCAAAUCACGGACAUGCAUACGAAUGUAUAAAUCGUACAUUUACAUCGAACUUACACACGGACGAAGCGCGCAGUGAUUCCGCCGAGAACAGUUCGAUUUCUGCGAUGACGUCUAUGCUAUCCGGUGAGGAGAGCAGCGCGACGAGAAUGAAGCAAAAGCUGAUGAGAAGCGCACCUGCGAAGGAGGACACUAGGUCUUUCCUGAACUUCUCGCGAGAGAACCUGAGCAUCUCGCACUCCGACCUUGAGCAAGGAUUCAACCGAUCCCGGUUCGCGAGACCGAGCAGGAACACGAUCCUCAGCGUGGCCGCCCUUAUGACCAUCAUUAUCUGCCUCAGCCUUCAGAGCUGGAAGCUGCUGUCGAACACGCGCGAAAUCGAGCAGCUGAGAAGAGAUGUCUAUAUCCUGAAGCAUCGGUUUCUGGAGCCGGAUCUCAUAGACGAGCUCAAGGCCUUCGAGGAACAGCUGUACGCCGAAGAGUCUACCGAGGAUAAUGAUUCAAGCGAAACGGACAUUGAUAACGCCGAUUAUGACUCUAAUUACGACGAUGAUGGUUCCGCAUCGCACGAUUAUUCCGGCGACUAUCGUAGUCCCUUGAUUUACGGCUCCAGAUCGUCCGAUUUUCGCGACGUCACGUCCACGUCGAUACCGAUACCCACGUCCCAGGAUCCUGGCGUUAAUGAGGACAUGGUCGAGCUGCUGGCAGCCUUGCGCAAGGUCGAAGCGAAACACGAGCAGGAUUUCGAGAAGAACGUACAAGAGAAUCGCAAAAAUAUCGAACGAGAGCAUCUUAAAGGAGGACACAUAGAGGAAUUGAAUCACGAAGAAAAAACGAAUGACGCCAACAGCACCAAAUCCGAUAUCAUUGCCAGAACGGCUACAAUUUCGGAACACAUCGAAGAGAGUAUCAAAUCGAAGCGAUCCGUAAACGAUGGUUUGCUUGACGACUCUAUGAGAGAUACAAUAAACGACAAACGACACAAUACUAGGAGGAUUGUUGUGUCUAGAGCACGUUCUUAUAUAAACGGCGAGAGCGACGUGAAUAAUAAUUCUGGGUUAGAUCCAACACCACAUCCCCCGAAGAAGUAUCACGCCCAUGCACUGGAGACGGUUUCUUCUCGUCAUGACCGAUUAAGCGAGGAGAUCACGCAGCCUGAGAGAUAUGAGAACGAAAGCACAGAAAUUACAAGCGAUAGAAGGAUCAGUUGGCGAAACCGCGACGGAAACAGAACUGAGAUUCGUCGACCCAUUCAGAAUCACGAAGUGGCUGCAAGGGAAUUUCGCCGGAGAUUGACUCGAAGGCAUUUGCGUGCACCACGGCAGGUUUACGCGAUCCACUACGGGGCUGACAGCACCCUCUUCACAACGCAGGACGAGCACACUGGUAACGGCAGAGCGCGACACUACAACGGUGUCUUCAAAGCGUGGCAACCAAGCGAGUGGGUCACCAAUCUCGGCAUGAACAGGCAUUUUACGCUUGCCGGCGACGGCAAACUCACCGUGCAUGAGCCAGGAUUGUACUUGGUUUACGCACAGAUCCAUUAUCUGGACGAGCACGACGAAAACGGCUUCCACAUGCUGGUGAACGGAAGGCCUAUACUACAGUGCAUGGUGUACAGUCCAGGCAGAGAACACAAAAGUCGCUCAUGUUUCUCUGCCCAAGUGACCUUCCUUCAGACAGGUGAUCACCUAGUCUUGAAAGAUAUUGGAUCAGCAAGAUACACUCUCUUCCAGCACGAUAAAAGUUUCUUUGGCUUAGUGAAAGUUGGUGAACCGAGACAGCAGCAGAGACAUCCAUCGACACAUCAGUAAUUUUAAACGUUAGAAUUACGUAUCAGCGCUAAAAAAAAAGUGAUAUUCGAUUAGUCAUAGACUUCCCCAAUUUUUAAAAGUUAGUUGUAAUUCACAUAAUUUGUACCUAUGUGAUAUAAUACAUUUUUAUCUCUCGCAAGUCA